GAUAAAUUGGCUUUUACCCUGUGGAUGUGAUACGGGGUGAAUUUCCCCCGCGGCCUGGGCUUGGGCGUGCUUCGGGGGGGAGUUUUCCGAAGAGUUAGGGAUUGGCGAGCCCGGCGCGAGUUGAAGGCGAGUGGUUGUAAUGGCUGCCUUGGUAUGAAAUUGCCGAGGAUGGACGAGGCUACGAGUCAGAACCAGCUGGGAGGGAGCGGAGGGCCAGCUGGUGUGGCCAACAGACAGAACCUAGAGGAACCCACGCAGCGGGUGCAGUACUCUAUCCCGGGAAUAUUGCACUUCAUCCAGCAUGAAUGGGCGAGGUUCGAGAUGGAGCGCUCGCAGUGGGAGCUGGAGAGGGCGGAACUGCAGGCUAAAAUUGCAUUUCUUAAUGGAGAAAGAAAAGGUCAGGAAAACCUCAAGAACGACUUGGUUAGAAGAAUAAAAAUGCUUGAGUAUGCAUUAAAACAAGAAAGAGCAAAAUACCACAAGUUAAAGUAUGGAACAGAUUUAGUACAGGGAGACAUGAAUCCCCCAGUGGAAGAGGGAGGAGAAGAAGUACGUGUAGACACUGAUGCUAUCCUCUCUACCAACACUAAUGUAUCUUGGAAGCAAUCCAGACAACUUCUUAGACAGUAUCUACAAGAAAUUGGAUACACAGACACAAUCAUAGACUUACGAAGCAAUAGAGUAAGAUCAUUAUUAGGAAUCAGCAGUGGAGAAAAUGAGGAGAACCACAACAACACCCCUGCCAUGAAUGGGUCAGACACAACCAAGAGGCAACCUGACUCCAACCGAUGGAAUGUUCCUAAGAAGUUCUUCCACCACAGUCAACCCUUUGAGGCUCAGAUUCGUGACACAGAAAAGGCUGUUAUGGAGAGCUUUGAUUUCUUAAAACAGGAAGAUCCAAGUGUGGUUGGAGGCAGUUUAUCGGGGCACACAGAUGCAGUAUGGGGCCUGACAUUCCAUGCGCAGCGUCAUCACCUUCUUUCGUGUGGGGCGGAUUCAACAGUUCGUCUUUGGUCAGCUGAUGCCCGCAACCCACUCCUUUACACAUAUGCUGUUGAGAAAGAUGGAAUUCCAACAUCAGUUGAUUUUGUAUAUGAGUCUACCAAUCAGUUUGUGUGCAGCUUUAAUACAGCAAACUGUGUCAUAUUUGACUUGGAGACUGGAAAACCAGUCAUGCGUCUUGAUACGGAACCAGACCAGGGCAGCAAUUCUCUCAACCGACAGAUUAAUAGGGUUGUGUCCCAUCCAACUCUGCCUCUGACCAUCACUGGGCAUGAAGAUCGCCACAUCAGGUUCUGGGACAACAACAGUGGACGUCUGGUACAGUCUAUGGUGGCUCAUCUAGAUUCUGUCACAUCACUAGCUGUAGAUCCUAAUGGGCUCUACCUUCUCUCAGGCAGUCAUGACUGCAGCAUUCGCCUGUGGCAGCUCGACAGCAAACAGUGUGUUCAGGAGAUCACAGCUCAUAGGAAGAAGUUUGAUGAAAGCAUAUUUGAUGUGGCCUUCCAUCCUAGCAAGCCGUACAUUGCAAGUGCUGGAGCUGAUGCACUAGCCAAAGUCUUCGUAUGAUUAGAGAAUCCUAAUGGUAACCCUAAACCUGAAUUUAGGCCACGAGUUGUGAGUGGGUGAGCAGAUUCCUGGGCUACAAUAAAUUUCCGACAUCUGUGACUUUCAGUGAACGGAUCUGGUGUUUGAAAGGAAUGUGACAUGUGGAGGAAGUUGUGGUAUCUUCAAGAGCAGGACUUAUUGUAUGUUUCUGUAACAAAUCCUAAAAUUACCAAGCUGAUAUAUGCUGCUGAACCUGUUAUGUACGAAGCAGAUAUGUAGAGUAGUUGGAAACAUCAGAAAAUGUGUGUCUUCUGAUCUUUGUGAAGGACAGCCUGUGUUGACACACUCACCCAACACACUCAGCUUUGCCAAAAUUUACAUCAGUCUCCCAAGUCUGAAUCGGUGAUUACCGUCUGUGGUUCUCACUCUGAUUGGUACCUAAUAUUUAAUGGUGAAGCACUGAAAUUUAAGGUGCCAAUUACCCAUAAAAUAUACCCAUACAUAGGAUAUUCUUAUCUAAUUGAUUGGGACAGAAUUGGGGGUUGAUUGUGGUAGCCAAGAAUCAGCUCAGCUCAAGCCAUAAUACUCUACAUAUUUACCCAGCUCCAAUUUCAAGCAAAAGAACAAGUCAUGCAAAGAAAGUGUGUUUGCGUAUACGAGUCCUGGGUAUAGUGAUGUGACCAACCAGUGAGAAAGUAAGAAAGUGCUAAUGGAAAGUCUGCAUAUUUUGUAUAUUGCUACCUUAAGUUGAUAUUUCCAUCAUGAAGACAGAAUUGAGAUUGCAGAAGACUUCAUAGCACCUUAUGGUUACGUGUUUAGGAUAUCUAAACAUUCUGCAGUCGUAGUUAAACAUCAAGUUUGGUCACGAUAACAUCUGUUCAAUAGUUUGAUUAGGCUUAUGUGAUUGAACUGAUACAAUGCUUGACUAGUCUUGUGGGGUCAGCGUGGAAGUUGCCCUACAGUUCAUGAAAAUGGCUUGCACGCAGACUUCAAUCAUGGGAUGGUUUACAUUCUUAUAUUUAUCUGUAAAUAAGACCGUUCACUUCUUGCUCAUAUUAGUAGGCAUAUGUAUUUGCCGAAUUUUGUUGGGAAAAAAUUUGGUUUGUCAUAUUCAUUAUGGAAUUCUUUGCUUAGACAAAACCUCUUUAAAUGUAGGUUUUACAAAGGGUAAUGAAGCCCUUUGUAAACUUGCGCUCCAGUGAUACAGUGUAGUUUCAUCAAAUAUUUUGAUCUGAGCUAUAACUACAGAUUGAACUUAUGGAGCUCUGCAAAAUUAUUAGCUAUACAUCAUAAUACACUUAGUAAUAUGAUGUUUAGGAGUAAAAACUGAACAUAAAAUAAAACAAUUUAUUUUCCCAUCAAAGUUUGGAUCAACCCACCCUCAUUGCAAUUUUCAUAAGCAUUCAGAUCAUUAUAUGUGACAAUACCAGAAAUUAUGAAAUCUGAUUGUAAAUUUUAUGUGCAUUAAGGUUAAUAAAGAAUUUUCCAGGGUCAGGUUCAUAGGUCAGAUUGGUAAAGUUUAUCAGUUUACUUCUCAUUUUUAUGCUUCUCUUACUCUCUUUUUUCCUGUUCCAUUUGGACCCCUCAUUGAUAUUUGGAAUUAUGUAAUGACACCAAAGUUUGAUUUUAAUUUUUUCUCUGAUGAUAAGGUCUAGUGUUGUCAUGUGUAUUGAGUGGCAUUGCACACUACCAUUAUAAUUAUCAGUUCAUUGCUUCUUAAUGGUAAAUUGUUUGAGGGCUUGUGGUUACACAGUAAAAGCCUGACUGAUUUUCAUUUUAUAUUGAUUCUUAUUUUGCUUAAGUUUUGCCAUGUAAACCCCCAUGUCAACUUAAAAUGAGGAGUUCUUGAUAAGUACGUCUCUCACUUAUGCAUUGCAUAUUAUGUGUGACUUGUUGAAACUUUUUCUAAUAAACUGAAUGGCAUGGACGUGCAAGAGAAUUGUUUUCUUUUAUGAAAGAAGAACAAGAUCCAGGUAUGGUGCCUCCGCAUAAUGAUUUUGAUGGGUGAAUCUCUGAAGUAUAAGUGGACAUUAUCAUUAUGCUGAGGAUGAUCCUCACAGCCACAGAGGCAUUGUUACUCGUACAUGACUGACUGUAAGAUAAUGUAAGUGAUCUGCAUUGAUAGGCAGCAUCAAGGCCAUUAGUACGAGUCUCAUCCGUCAUCGUGAUAAAUGCUGAUGGCUGCAGAAACUUCUCAGGUUAGGAAAAUAGAUGUGUCAAGUACCUUCAUAACCUCAAGUAGGGAGGCUCCAAGAAUUGACGUUUUGGUGAACAAUUUUUUUGGUGGUAACUACUUGGGUAGUAUUAGUAACUGGCUUGUUGUUAAUCUUUGCACCAAGAAACCCUCUCCCCUAUUAUACGCAAGACUAAAUAAAUGUUAGACCCCCGAUGUUGACUAUGAAUGCAGGUGUCAGAAUGUCAGGUUCAUUUUCAAACUUUCUUUCUUCAGUCAUUUAAAGUGAAAUGUAACUGUCAGCAAGUAAAUAUUGCACAUCAUAUUCUUGUGUUGAGAUUCUAUACAGUAUAGAGCAGAAAAGUAUAUUGUAACAUCACAGUUUACAUAUAAUGAAAUUGAUUUUGCA